GGGGAAUAACUCUAAUUGAAAACCAUGGCAAGAAGACUUGGAAAGAUAAAUUUGAAGAAUACGGCGUUAUUCUUGUGUGACAUGCAAGAAAAAUUUAGGGGAAACAUUGUGUAUUACCCACAAAUAAUCUCUGUAGCUAAUAGGAUGCUGCAAGGCGCUAAAGUUCUUGAAAUGCCGAUUGUCGUCACUGAACAAUAUCCUAAAGGUUUAGGUCCAACAGUUUCUGAAAUAGACGUUAGCCAGGAGAAAGUAUUCCCAAAGACUUCUUUUUCUAUGUUAGUUCCCGGUGUUGUGGACCACCUAAAAACUUUGCCAGAUGUUAAGUCAAUAGUAUUGUGUGGAAUAGAAAAUCAUGUAUGCAUACAGAAUACAGUACUGGAUUUAUUAGAGGAAAACUUUGAUGUACAUAUCAUAGCUGAUGCUUGUUCAUCAAGGUCAAUGACAGAUAGGAUGUUUGCCUUCCAGAGAAUGAGAGAAGCAGGAGCUUAUAUAACCACCAGUGAGUGUAUGCUGCUUGGACUAUGUGGGGAUGCAGCUCAUCCUAAAUUUAGACCAGUACAGAAACUAAUUACAGAAUCAGCACCGGACACAGGGUUGCUGAAUACAACAAUAAAAGGAGAAACUGCUCUGUGAUAUUAGAAUAAUGUUCGAAAAUAUGUGUGCUUGUAUGUGGCAAUAAGAUAAUUAUGUUGAUUUUGUUCAAAUGUUUUGAUUAUAAAAUUGUAAAUUAUUUACCAUAUGUUUCGGAUUUUAAAUGUUUGUCUUUGAGCCUUCCUGAUGAAGGUAAAUCCAGAAAAGCGCUUCGGACACAAGAAAUUAUUUAACGUGUUGUUUUCAAUUUUUUAAUCAGAUGGAUUGUGAGGUUAUUGUUAUUUUUUAUAUCAUAUAUGAUAGAUGUUAUUAAGGAUACAUUUUUAAAAAUAAAAUUUAUUUCAUCAA